AAUCAGUCAAUAUUUUACACCUGCACAUGGUAAUGACACAGGUGGUUGAUAUAACAAUUUCGUAAAUAUUUGCUCAAAAUUAUAAAUUGGGGUGUUUUAAUGUUGUGAAAGCAGCUCUAAAAAAAUGAAUGGAAUAGGAUUCCUCAUCCUGUUACUUCUCGUACAAUUAUCUUUUACAUUUGAACGUAAAUGCAAACUUUACAAGACAUGCUAUAUCGACGCUAAAGGCCAUGGACACAGUUGCGUGGGGGAUGUUAUUGACCCAGUACCAUUUGACAAAACCGACCCGAUUCAAGCUAAGGCUUAUGAGCUGGUCAAACAAUAUUGUCCUAGUCUUUAUGAGAAUAAUACUGAUGAAGCUUUGUGUUGUGAUGCUUCUCAAGUCGCAACUAUGAUAGACGGCUUCCAGAAUUCUGCUCCAUUUGCCAGAUGUCCUACCUGUGUUAAGAAUAUGCAAAAAUUUUAUUGUACAUUUACAUGCUCUCCUUAUCAAAGCUCCUUGGUUGCCAACUAUACCAGCAAGACUGAAGAUGGAAAAACUUAUGUCGACACUCUAACUUUGGCGGCAAGAGAUAGAACACUUGAAGGUAUUUACAAUUCUUGUAAAGAUGUUUCUUUGCCUAGCACCGGAGAAGCAGUAAUGCAAAGUGCGUGUGGGGUCUAUGGAUCUAUUUGGUGUACUGCAAAAAGAUUUUUUGAUUAUAUUGAUGAUCCGGAUCAAAAUCCUUUUGCCCCAUUUAGAAUUUACUUUGCUGAUAGGGGAACAGAUAGUCCGCUGGAUUUUGUAGUUCCUUCAUGUGACCAGGCUUAUGAAGGUUCCUCCGCAUGUACCUGUUCUGAUUGUCCAGUAAACUGUCCAGCGAAUCCUUAUGAAAGGUUAACAGUCGACCAUUAUAUUUUUGGCAAUAUAAAUAAAUAUACUUUUUAUAUUUCGAUUGCGUUCUUAACAAUAGGAUUUUUAACCUUUUUUGGUACAAUGGCUAUUUCACAUUUGUUUAAAUUUGGACGAAAUCGAGUUGAAGCUGAAACACCGCAAGGAAAAUGUGUAACUCUUAGGGAAAAAGUUCAUAUUUUUCUCUAUAAGUUCUUCAAAGCUUGGGGUACUUUUAUGGCUACCAAAAGAUAUGCAGUUGUUAUACUAAGCCUCAUCGUAAAUGUUGCAUUGAGUUUUGGAAUACUUUCCCUAAACGUAACCACAGAUCCAAUAGAGUUAUGGGCAUCGCCAACGAGUCGAAGUCGAAUCGAAAAGGACUUUUUUGAUACUAAUUUUAAACCUUUUUAUAGGACAAACCAGAUAUUUAUCAAGACUGUGGCUAUGAGUUCAUUUUUCUUUGAAUCCACCUAUGGAGGAAACCUAAUGCUUGGGCCAGCUUUUAAUGCAACUUUCUUGGAAGAGGUUUUCCAGUUGCAAAAGCAAAUAGAAAAUAUUACUGUAGAAGUUGAUAACAUAACUAUUGGACUCAAAGAUAUAUGUUAUUCGCCAUUGAGAACGCCAUUUUAUAGCAAAAGAACUAUAAAUGAAUGCACCGUUAUAUCUUUACUAGGGCUUUUCGAAAAUGAUAUCGAUACUUUUAAACAAGAUCCACAUUCUAGUACAGAGAAAAUUAUUGGGUGUUUACAGGCUCCUGCUUCGAUAAAUUGCUUGGCUCCUUAUGGAGGGCCCAUUAUGCCAGGAGUGGCGAUGGGUGGUGUUACUCAGGAUGACCACUUAGAUGCUUCUAGUGUUUCUUUAACUUUUAUUGUUGCUAAUAGUGUUAAGGAAAGUGACUUGACUGGUGCUUAUGCUUGGGAAAAAGCCUUUAUAGAAUUUAUGGAAAAAUGGGAUGCAUCUGAAGACAAGCCAAAUUUUUUGGAUAUAGCCUACAGUGCUGAGAGAUCUGUACAAGACGAAAUCCAACGUCUUUCUUCUUCUGAAGCCUUCACUGUGUACACUAGCUACUUAGUAAUGUUCAGCUACAUAGCUCUAGCAUUGGGAAAAAUGGUUAGCCUGAGCAUUAAAGAAUUUAUGUUGGAAACCAAAAUUUUGCUUGCCAUUGGAGGUAUCGCCAUUGUUAUAAUGUCACUUACUUCCGCUAUUGGAGUUUGUUCUUACUUGGGAAUAACCACAACAAUGCUGACUCUAGAAGUUAUUCCUUUUUUGGUAUUGGCUGUUGGUGUGGAUAAUUUGUUUAUAAUUGUGCAGGCUCAUCAAAGAAGAAUCGUGGCAUCAGACUUAACAAUACCGGAAUCGAUAGGUGAAACUUUAGGUAAAGUUGGACCCAGCAUGUUGCUUACAAGUGGUUCGGAAAUCUUAUGUUUUUCGAUUGGGUCUCUAUCAACAAUGCCAGCAGUAAAAACCUUUGCAGUUUACGCCACCGUUGCUGUUGCAUUAAAUUUUAUAUUACAAAUGACCGCUUUCAUUGCACUUUUCAGUAUAGAUCAAUCUCGUUAUAUGAAUAACCGUUUGGAUGUCUUGUUUUGCAUAAGCUACAAGUCGACGAAGUCUUUGAGGCCACCGAUCAUACAUACAUUCUGGAAAGAGAAAUUUACACCGAUUAUUAUGAAAUAUCCCAUGAGAAUAAUCAUCAUAAUAAUUUUCCUAAUAUCAACCUGCUCAUGCAUUUUAAUCGCUCCUUCCAUUGAACUGGGAUUAGAGCAAGAAAUUUCCAUGCCAACCGAUAGUCAUGUGGUUAAAUAUUUCAAGUACUUGAAUAGUUUACUUGGAACUGGUGCUCCAGUUUAUUGGGUCACUAAAGGAAAAGUGGACUAUUCUAAUACAACAAUAAGCAAUAGGGUGUGUAGCGGUGUUGGUUGUUUGGAUAAUUCUAUAGUGACUCAACUAUAUCUAGCUGCUAAGUCAGAAAACAUAACAUAUAUUUCAACCCAAUCAAAUUCCUGGAUAGACGAUUUCUACGAAUGGGCCGACACAACAAAAUGUUGCAGAUCAUUCAAGACGAACUCCUCAUUCUGUCCGCAUACUUAUCCAAAUUCAAUUUGCGAUCCGUGCGAUAUCGAUGCAGUUAAUUUAACAAAACCAGAAUACUACUCGAAAUAUUUACCCUAUUUUCUGAUGGACAAUCCGGAUCCUGCUUGCGCCAAAGGUGGCCAUGCUUCGUAUUACCAAGGAAUGUCAUUUUCAACAGACGAUACCGGGGAAAUUAGUGUGGCAGCGUCCAGCAUAAUGGGUUAUCAUGCGGUACUGAAAAACUCAUCAGAUUAUAUAGCAGCUCUUAAAUAUGCCAGACAUAUUGGGGAAAGCUUAACGAAAACUUUGGAUCAAGAGGGUGUAGAGAUUUUCCCCUACAGUGUAUUCUAUGUCUACUAUGAACAAUACCUAACAAUAUGGCAAGAUUUACUGGAAAAUUUGACCUAUUCUCUACUCAUAGUAUUUGCAGUUUCAUUUAUCGCCACUGGUUUUGACGUUUUCGCUGCUACCAUCAUUUUAUUGACGGUUUCGAUGAUUGUUUUGCAUAUGAUGGGAUGGAUGUACAUGUGGAAUAUUUCUUUGAAUGCUAUUUCAUUAGUGAACAUAAUUAUGAGUGUAGGAAUUGCUGUUGAAUUUUGUGGACAUUUAGUGCAUUCGUUUGUGGCAUGCUCAAAACAGUCCUCACUUGAUAGGGCCACAUAUGCUUUAGGAAAUAUUGGAAGUUCGAUUCUAGCUGGCAUAACACUGACUAAAUUCUCUGGCAUUGCAGUACUGGCAUUUUCCAGAUCGCAAAUAUUCCAAAUAUUCUAUUUCAGGAUGUAUUUGGGAAUAGUUAUCAUUGGAGCUUUACAUGGUCUUAUAUUUUUGCCUGUAUUUUUGAGUUUUGUGGGACGUGUCAAAUAUACUCCCUAAUAGUUUGAGGCCCAAUUUAGAAUUACCUAAUAAUAUUAGUUCCUGUAAAUUAAUUUUAAUAUUUAAUAAUUAAAUAAAAAAUUAAACUAAAAGUAUUUUUAUUUUAUUAAUUAAAUUUAUUCUAAGAACAUUAAUAAAUUAAAUUAUAAUUUCAAAGGCACAAGUCUGA